AUGAAUUCGACCGAUCGCAACAUGAAUACAAACAGCGACAUUGAGGCUAUCGAGGAGAUGUCUUUCGAUACGUAUGACGAGGCGUUAGAGACGCUGAAGGCCACGCACGAGCUCCUUGGCUACGUUGUAGUCGUCAGAAACAGCAAGACUGCCGGCAAGCCAAGGCGCAAGGAAGCUAAUAUCCGCUGCGAAUACAGUGGUCAAUAUAGGUGCUGGGAUGCCAAGGAGGGCAUAUACAAGACCUCGACCAAGAAGUCGGGAUGUGACUUUCGCUGUUAUAUCGGCAAGGGAGCCUGCCCGACAGCCAGGGGAUCAGAGGGACACGGCGCCAUACAAUUUUGGUAG